UUUGAGACGUCCACUUGAACGGAAGUGGUACGGGGAUUUAAAAGUUGUUUGAGUGACAAUCAUCAGCUAUGACGGCGGAAAUACAAAAAGGUCCCUUAUUGGGUCAAAGACAUCUGCAGAUAAUUUUGCUUUUCCUAUCUAUAACGGUCAAUUAUAUUGCCAAAUUCAAUGCUGGCGUAUCUGUGGUUGCCAUGACAAAUGCCGAAACAACAAAUCCCGACUUUCCGGAAUAUGAUUGGACUGAAAUGCAAAAAUCGUAUAUACUCUCCAGUUUUUUUUGGGGCUAUUUUGUUACACAAUUUCCCGGUGGUUAUUUGUGUAGACGUUUUGGUGCCAAAAGAACCAUGUUCAUAUCAACACUUGGAUCCGCUGUAUUUGCUCUACUUAUACCCUUUACCGUUGGCUGGGGUGGUUGGCAGGUUUAUUGCGGCAUACGUGUUGUGCAGGGUCUAUUUCAGGGUCUACUUUUUCCCUGCAUUCAUGCCUAUUUGGCAGCCUGGUGUCCUGUUAAUGAACGAAAUCGAUUGGGAGCUUUAGCCAAUACGGGUAUCGAGUGUGGAACAGUGUUGGCCAUGUUUUUGAGUGGUAUUAUAGCAGCCUCUGCUAUGGGUUGGCCCGGUAUUUCUUAUAUAUCAUUUGCUGUGGGUGUUUUUUGGUGCAUAUUGUGGCUAAUUUUUGCAGCCAACAGUCCCAAUGAAUCAAAGUUGAUAUCCGAAGAGGAAAGAAAUUAUAUAGAAAAUUCAAAGAAUGCCUUAAAGGAGCAUGAUGUCAGUACAACACCAAAAUCCAUACCCGUACCUUGGCAUGCCAUACUUACGUCCUGGCCAUUUUGGGCUUUACUGGUGGCCAGAUCAGCUCAUUCAUGGGGCUUCUCCACUUUACAAGCCGAAAUUCCCUCCUAUAUGAAUGGCGUUUUGGGCAUGAAUAUGAAGGAUAAUGCAUUGUUUUCGGCCCUGCCAUAUUUUGCCAUGUGGUGCAUGUCCUACGUUUAUCUAAUUUUAUCGGAUGUCCUGCUGCAGUCGAAAGUCUUGUCGCUUACUGCUUUAAGAAAAAUAUUUAAUUCUUUGGCUUUAUGGGUGCCCGCUAUUGGCCUUAUAGGUUUGGGUUUUGUGGGCGAAGAUCAAAGAACUUUGGCUAUUGUUCUGAUGACCGCAAAUGUGGGCAUAAAUGCUGGCAACACAAUUGGCAGUGCUCUCAAUACAAUUGAUUUAUCACCCAAUCAUGCCAGUAUAUUAAUGGGUAUUGUAAAUACAUCGGCCAAUGUUAUACCCAUAUUAACUCCUCUGCUGGUUGGUCUCAUUGUUCAGGAUGAGACUGAUCGCACUGAAUGGCAAAUUGUGUUUGCAAUAUCGGCUGUAGUAUUCUUUGUUGGUAAUCUUUUCUACAUAGUUUUUGGUGCUAUGACAUUACAGCCCUGGGACGAUGAAGAUUUCCUUUUAUCGAAUGAUGCUCAGAAUGUGGAGAGUAGUAAAAAGCAAACUGCAGAUUAUAAGAAAGAACUAAAGUAUUAAUAAUUAUUGGUUAGUUUUAAGUACAUAAUUUAAAUAUUAUUAAGA